UCUAGUUUCGUCUCGAAGGCGAAGUCGCUCGUUGCUUGUUGCACAGUGAUAUUAUAAGAUCUACGUGUAUUAUUAUUUAUCAAAAUGAAAGUAAAAAAUAAAACAAACACUUUAAGAGAUAAAGCACUUAAGAAAGCUGUGAGGAAUAAAACAAAAGCAACAAGAAAUUCAGGAGAAUCGACUCUACGGAAAGCUGUGAAAAAUGUUAAAGAAGUAUUUGAGAAGAAACAGAUUGAAGACAGAUCAAAAAAAGAUAAUCUGAAAGAAUCUUUUACUGUGAAAGCUGCGAAAAAGAAAUGGGAAUUUAAGUCGAGUAGGGGACUUAUAUAUCUUGGUCAUAUACCACAUGGAUUCUUUGAGGAUCAAAUGAAAGAUUAUUUUUCACAAUUUGGUAGAGUUACCAAAGUUAGGCUUGUAAGAUCUAGCAAGACUGGAAUUAGUCGAGGUUAUGGUUACGUCGAAUUUCAAUAUCCUGAUGUUGCUAAGAUAGCAGCCGAAACGAUGAAUAAUUAUUUAAUGUGCGGUAGAUUAUUGAAAGCCACGUAUAUACCACCAGAGAAACAGCACAUAGGAUUCUUCGUUGGAAAAAGUUGGACGAAGACGAGGUAUCCAAAAGUAAUAAAUAGAAGAAAGAUAACGAUUAUUAGAAAUUCUAUUAUAAGUGACGAUAAGCACAAGCUAUAUACAAAAAAGAGUUUAAGAAAUCUGACAAAAUUGGAGGAGAAAUUAAAAGAGAAUGGUAUUAAUUUGAAAUUCAAUUCGAUCGUUCUUCCUGACGAGCAAGCGAAAGAAACGAAAUAAAAUAAAUAUUCUAACUCGUUAAUGUGAUUUUUAUUAAGCGUUUUUUCUUUCUUUCUUUUUUCUUUUUUUUUUUUUUUUGUUCCACCAGUGGAACAAGUUGAUAAUCAAAAUAUUUAAAUUGCGUCAAUGAACGAUUUGUUCUAAAUAAUGUACAAAUUUUGAAAGGAUUUUACAUAACAUAGUACGAGUAAAUAAUUAAUAUUAACUAUUAUGUACAUACAUUUACGUUUAUGUUCGAAUAUCAAGUGUAUUAAGAUACAGCAUUUCGUUCUCGUA